AUGAAGUUUAUCGCUGCCGUUGCCAGUGCGGUCAUUGCCGUCUCCUUGACUGGAUGCAGCUCUGAUGAUAGCACCACUACUGCCGCUCCUGCUGCGACUACCGUUGCCCCCAAGGCGACUACUAUCGCCCCUCAGGCAACUACCAAAUUCAUGGAGCCUACCACUCCCUCUGAGGUUGUUACUACUACCUCCUCCAACAACGAGCAGCAAACUACCACUGCCUCCUCGGAGCAGACUACUCCCGCUCAGAGUCAGCAAACCACUACCACCCCUUCCCAGACUACCGCUGGCAGCCCUAGCUCCAGCUGCAAGAAGCCCGAGGGUGAGUACUGUGGUUCCGCUAUGGGUAUGCCUGCUAGUGUCGAGCUCCACGACAACUCGUUCGAUCUCGAUGUCGCCGGUAUGAUCAACGCCAAGAACAUUGGCUACACUAUGGAGUCUGACUGCACUACGGUCGAGCCCGACUGGAAUAAUGCUGAUCUCAUCAAGUUGGCCGAAUCUUUGGGCAUGAACACCAAGCAGUUGUCUGAGUUCAUGAAGUGCAGUUACAACGCUAACACCAAUGUCUUCAAGGUUUCAAUGGCUGGUGCUCUCAACCUUGACUUGUCUCCUGAUCAGUGCAAGAACUAA